GCUCCAAGAUGGCCGCGGGAGAGGAGGAGGGAGCGACGGGGACGGAGCCGGAGCCGGAGGCGGCGGUGGAAGAGCUGCGGAGCUUCAAGGACCUGGGAGUGACAGAUGUGCUGUGUGAAGCUUGUGACCAGUUGGGAUGGAAGGUGCCAACGAAGAUCCAAGUUGAGGCUAUUCCAGUGGCUCUCCAAGGCAGAGAUGUCAUUGGACUGGCAGAAACUGGCUCUGGAAAAACAGGAGCUUUUGCCUUGCCAAUUCUUCAAGCACUGCUGGAAACGCCUCAGCGGCUGUUUGCUCUUGUCCUCACACCAACGAGGGAGCUGGCCUUUCAGAUCUCAGAGCAGUUUGAAGCUCUGGGAUCCUCCAUCGGUGUCCAAACUACUGUUAUUGUGGGUGGAAUUGACACAAUGUCUCAAUCGCUGGCUUUAGCCAAGAAACCACAUGUUAUAAUCGCAACCCCUGGCCGUCUAGUUGAUCAUCUGGAGAACACAAAGGGCUUCAACUUACGUGCUCUGAAGUUCCUAGUGAUGGAUGAGGCUGACCGGAUUCUUAAUAUGGAUUUUGAGACAGAGGUGGAUAAGAUACUAAAAGUGAUUCCUCGAGAUAGGAAGACAUUUCUGUUUUCUGCCACCAUGACCAAGAAGGUUCAAAAACUCCAACGUGCUGCUCUGAAGAAUCCUGUUAAAUGUGCUGUUUCUUCCAAGUAUCAGACAGUUGAAAAACUACAGCAGUACUAUAUUUUCAUUCCCUCAAAAUUUAAGGACAGCUACCUGGUUUAUAUCUUGAAUGAACUAGCUGGGAACUCUUUCAUGAUAUUCUGUAGUACAUGUAACAAUACUCAAAGGACUGCUCUACUGCUCCGCAACCUGGGGUUCACUGCCAUUCCUCUCCAUGGGCAGAUGAGUCAGAACAAACGUUUGGGCUCUCUAAACAAGUUCAAGGCAAAGGCACGUUCUAUUCUGCUGGCUACUGAUGUUGCAAGCAGAGGUCUGGACAUACCACAUGUAGAUGUGGUGAUAAACUUUGACAUUCCUACGCACUCUAAGGAUUACAUUCAUCGUGUUGGGAGAACAGCUCGAGCUGGAAGAUCUGGCAAAUCUAUCACCUUUGUCACACAGUAUGAUGUGGAGCUAUUCCAGCGCAUUGAACACCUGAUUGGCAAAAAGCUGCCAGCAUUCCCCAUGCAGGAGGAAGAAGUUAUGAUGCUGACAGAGCGUGUGGCUGAGGCCCAGAGAAUUGCUCGAAUGGAGCUGCGGGAGCAGGGAGAGAAGAAGCGAUCUCGGAAUGAUGAUGAUGACACAGAAGAAGCUAUUGGUGUCAGGAAUAAGGUGGCAGGUGGGAAGAAGAAGAAGAAGAGGAAAGCCUUCUAGUUUGGUAUUUGAACAGACUUUUUAACUUUUCUCUUCAUGGCUGUAUGAACUGGCAAAAAUGGUCUACCAAGCCAUCUCUAGUGAAUUUUUUUUCAAAACUACAUGUGAACUUGGGUGGUCCACAAGGAAAACAACAACUCUUCUGCUUCACCAGCUACAGACUGAGCUUGGACCAUUGUGGUACCAUAGUACCAGUCUUCCGUUGAAAGACAUCAUCAGAGACUGUCACCUCUGGACUUGUAAGCAGCUGUGGUGUGGCCCUGCUCAUUCAUGAAGAAGUGCAGUGUGAGUGCAGCUGUUGCACUGCUGCAGCCUGUCUCACUAUCCAAUCUCACUGAGUGCAUCUGGGGUCAGAUAGAUCUCUGAGAAAAAGUUAAAAGAAACGACUGACUUUUCACAGGGAUGUGUUAUGUGGAGAACUCCAAAUAUAUUUGGGUUAAUUUUAAAGCUACCUGAUUAUCCUUGUUUUUUCACUGACCUGUUUUGUUCGGUUUGUAUAUUUGCUCUGCCACAAAGUUUUCUUCUUAGGUCAAUCUUAGCAAUUCACAUGUGACAUGAAUACCUUCGAUAUGUCAGCAGAAGAGUGGCCCAGCACGGGAGCAUCAGUUUUGGCAGGACGAGGCUAUUUACUGCUUGGAAUUCCCUCCAGAAUGUGUAAUGAUUGACAGGAUACAGGAAGAGAUCUGGGGUUUGGGUGGGGUUUUUGCUGCUGAUUCUUGUAGUACUUGUAAACGAACACAAGAGGGGGAUAUUAACGUAGGAAAGCAGCUCACAAGCAAGAUGGUGAAGAAAAACGGGUAUCAUAGAAGCUCUGUUUCCCUAGUUAUUUCUGUGUGUUAGGCAGAGUUCCAUACCAUAUAAGUAGACUCUUGCAAGAAUGGGAUAAGUGUGCUUACCUUCAUAUCUAACCAGGUUAGUGCUAGUUCUCAUUGGCAAUAAAAAAUUUCAAGCUGGAUGACGUUUCUCCUGGUAGGCAGAGAAUGAAAAGUUCCUCCAUAUCACUCAACAUGAAAAUGUAAUGUCCAUUAACUGGAUUUUCUGCUACAUGAAAAACAAUA